AUGUCAUCCGCUGUACCGGUCGAAGAAGGCCAAUUUGACGAUGCGCCCGAGGACGUGCAGACCGCCGCGCCUGUUCCUCAAUCUGCUACCACAGCUCCAGACUCGCGGGGUGGACACACUUACAUCGACGAUGAUACACCUCUUGACCCUAAGAUAAACUUGGACUGGUCUGAGGAUGAAGAGGUGUCCGAAGACGAGGACGACGAAGAAGAGUAUGAGGAUGGACUUGCGCGAGUGGAAGAUGAAGAUUGGGAGAUUGCUGAACGGGACUUUACGAAACAGUAUAAUCGUCUAAAGCAACAUCUGGCUGUACAGUCCGGCAACGCGCAAGGUGUAUCCUCGGCUACGAAGAAAGCUGCUGUUGCCCCUCUACCCGCCGUAAACCACCCCCGCGCUGCAGGCACUACUUCGACCAAGGACCAGACGACUGACCAACUUGCUGCUCUGUCAAAGUUCUCCUCCCGCCUCGCCAAGAUUGAUACACCCUAUCAGAUGGGUGUAGGUGUUAACCGCAAGGGUCCCAGUGCGACGGCAAACAUGAAGGACAAGUCGGAUCGCGCGACCAACGAGCAGGUGCUCGAUCCUCGUACACGUAUUAUCCUCUUCAAGAUGAUCGGCCGUGGGCUCGUGCAGGAGGUGAACGGGUGCAUCAGUACUGGAAAGGAGGCGAACGUUUACCACGCUGUUACACCCGAGGGCGCACACCUUGCGUUGAAGAUCUACAAGACAUCCAUCCUUGUGUUCAAAGAUCGCGACAAGUACGUCUCGGGCGAGCAUCGUUUCCGGCGCGGGUAUUCGCGGCGCAACCCUCGCAAGAUGGUGCGCUUAUGGGCCGAGAAGGAGAUGCGCAACCUACGGCGGCUCGUCGCCGCUGGAAUCCCCUGCCCUACACCGAUUGAAGUUCGCGAGAACGUCUUGGUCAUGUCUUUCCUCGGCGACGAGCAAGGAUGGGCCUCUCCGCGGCUGAAGGAUGCUGAGCUGGAUCAGGAGGCGUAUACGCGCCUGUACAAGGAACUCGUCCUGGCCAUCCGCACGCUCUUCCACUCGUGCAAGCUCGUUCAUGCCGAUCUGAGCGAGUACAACAUUCUCUACCACGCCGGUCACCUGUGCAUCAUCGAUGUCAGUCAGAGUGUCGAGCAUGACCAUCCUGCUGCGUUCGACUUCUUGCGAAGCGAUCUAGGGAAUGUGGAGGACUUUUUCGGCCGCGGUGGUGCGCGCACGAUGGGCUUGCGCCGUACCUUCGACUUUGUCACUCGCGAGAAGCUGGACGAUGAGGAUGCCGGUGCAGUCUUCGACGAGUGGCUCGCGGCAGCGCCGAGUAAGGAGGAAGGUGCCGAUGAGCUUACUCUGCAAGAGGAUGCCCACGAAGAGAGCGUGUUCAGACAGUCAUACAUCCCGCGCAGCUUGAACGAUCUCUUGAAUCCAGAGCGCGAUGCUGGCGCAGUUCAAAGCGGCGCCCGCCUCAUGUACUCGGAUACUAUCGGCAUUGUCGACGAUAUGGCUCCCAAAUCCAAACCUGUCGUGCGCUUUGAUGGAGACGAGGUGGCCGGCGAAGCCGAGGCCCGUUCAUCGGCUGAUGAUGAACAUCCAUCGGACCUGGGUUCAGACUCGGAAGUGGAGGGUGAAGAAGGUUCAAAGGAGUUUGUCGAGCGCCAACCGCGCGGUCACCGCAACGAGGAUAAAGCCGCAAAGAAGGAGCGCAAAGCAGCCGUGAAGGCGGAGCAGCGAGAGAAACGCAAGCAGAAGAUGCCCAAGGCCGAGAAGAAGAAGCGAGUGAAGGCCACUGCGCGCGGGGGCUAG